AUGCGGUUCGCAUCGAUAUCCUCCGCACGCACCGCCGCGUCGUCGUACGCCUGGCUCGUCGUCGCCGCUCUGCUGCUCUUCGUACUCGCUCCCACUGCUCGCUCCGCCGCUGCCGCCGCCGCUUCCUCCUCGGACAAGGCCACACACGACGGCCUGCGCAAACUCACUGCAGCCAACUUUACGCUCACCAACCAGGGCGCCUGGCUCAUCGAGUUCUUCUCUCCCACCUGCAUCCACUGCAAAAAGUUCGGCGCCACCUGGAACGAGCUCUCCCACAACAAGGACUCGCUCCGCACCCAGUACCCGCACGCUCCCUUCACCCUCGCUCAGGUAGACUGCGUCGCUCAGUGGGACCUCUGCAAGGAGCAGGGCGUCACCUUCCUCCCGCGCCUCACCAUCUACCAGGACGGCAAACAGCUCUCCGAAGAGUACAAGGGCGACCGCAACUACCCCGAAAUCUCGGCCUACAUCGACAAGUUCGCCGCCGACUACCGCAAGUCCAAGGGCGUCGCCGACGUAGCCCCCGUCGCUCAGCCAGAUGCACCCAACAAAGCAGCCGAUGCAGCCAACGCUACGGCAGCCAACGCUCCAGCAGCUACCGACAAGCUCGACUCUGCUGCUUCCACCAAUGCACCGGCUCCCGUCAACUCGGCGACAUCCUCCUCGUCUUCCACUUCGUCGGCCAUGGAGGCCAUCAAGGAGGUGCUGCCCACCGGUCCCAACCCCAAGGGCGAGCUGCUCAGCUUCGGCUCGGCUCCCAUCCAGACCAAAGAGGAGCUGCAAGCCUGGCUCGGCAAGGCGUCCGGUCAAGGUCCCACGUUUGUCAAGUUCUUUGCACCGUGGUGUCCGCACUGCAAGGCCAUGGCGGCCGCCUUCCAACAGCUCAGCAGCUCGCUCAAGGGCCGCGUCAACGCCGUCCAGGUCGACUGCGAGGCCAACCGCGCGCUGUGCGCCAGCUACGACAUCCGCGGCUACCCCGUGCUUCGCCUCUACGACCAGGGCCACGCCAAGGAGUACAACGGCGGCAGGAACCACGACGCCAUGCUCAAGUGGGUGCUCAAGGCCAUCUCCACUUCGGGCCUCAAGCCCGUCGCAUCCGCAUCGGACCUCGGCGCCAUCGCAAAGGACAACGACGUGCUCUUCCUCUACCUCCACUCGCCGGGAACCCCCACGGAAGAGGUGCGUGCCGUCGAGGCCGCCAGCCAGAUCCUCUUUGGUGGUCGUGCACCCAUCUUUGUCUCGGACGAGCCGGCGCUGCUUGACCGCUAUGCCAGCUCGCUUGCGCAGGACAAGGCCGUCUCCGUCCCGGCCAAAUCCGCGCUGCUUGUCUUCAAGGACCAUUCGAUCGCAGAACCGGUCGCGGUCAUGCAUCCGUCCAGCCUUCGAAGCACCUCUUCCGCCGACGCCGAAUAUAGCGACGAUGCCAAAGCGCAAAUCUCGCGCUUCCUUUCGAAGCAGAAGUACGCGCUGGUCACCGAGCUCACAGCCGCCAACUUUGAGGAGACGGUGCGCAACGCUGAAGACGCACUGGUUGUGCUCGCGGCGCUUUCCGACUCGAUCCACGGCGACGAGGUGGCCAGCACGGCUUCGGACGGCAUCGCGCGCAAGGACGCCGAGAUCGCCGCGCUGCGUUCGGUCGCACUCGAGUGGAGGUUGAAGAAGGAGGCGUCGUCGCCGCGCCAGGUGGUCUUUGCAUGGAUCGAUGCGGAUCGUUGGAAGUCGCCGCUGCGCAAGCUGUACGGCAUCCAAGCCGCCCACUCGCCCUCGGCCGUGCUUGUCGACGGCAACAAGUCGCUGUACUACGAGCUGGCCCACUACGCCGACGCCAAGCCAGCUACAUUCGAGCAUCAGUGGAUCACCCCCAACAGCAUUUUCGCCGAUAUCGACCGCGUUCUUAGCGGCGACGCUCCGGCCAAGUCGUCGCGCACACUCCUGCAGAAGUCCGUCAAGGGCGCAGAGGUGUACAUGAACACCUUGAUCGACACAAGUGUCGACCACCCCGUCGCCGCGUUCGGUUUCCUGUUCGCCGUGCUUGCCGCGCUCUUCUUCUACCUCGGGCGUGCGAGAAAGAGCACGCCGUCGUCUCUGCCCAUGUACUCCAAGGUAUCCACGGUCAAGGCCGACUAG